AUGGCCACUCCGCAGGCAACCAAGCGCUUGACGCGCGAAUACAAGACCAUCUCGCAGAACCCCCCGCCUUACAUUGUUGCCCACCCCUCCGAAGUCAACAUCCUCGAGUGGCACUACAUCCUCACCGGCCCGCCCGGAACCCCGUACGAAGGCGGCCAGUACUGGGGCACGCUCAUGUUCCCGCCCGACUACCCCUUCGCUCCGCCCGCCAUCCGCAUGCACACACCUUCCGGUCGCUUCCAGCCAUCGACACGCCUUUGCCUCAGCAUCUCCGACUUCCACCCCAAGAGCUUCAACCCGGCUUGGGAGGUUAGCACCAUUUUGAUUGGCUUGAUGAGCUUCAUGACGAGCGAGGAGAUGACCACCGGGAGCGUACGCGCUUCCGACGCCGAACGCCGCAUCUUUGCCGCAAGGUCACGGUGGUGGAACGCCACUGGCGGAGGCUCGCACGCUGUCAACUCCUCUCGCCCAAGAGCCAGUGGUAUUGGUGCAGUCAAGCAAGGCGAUGGCGGAGCAAAGUUUCGUCAGGAAUGGCCUGAGCUAGACGCGGAAAGCUGGCGCUGGAUGAAAGAGCAGAAGGUCGAUCCGGUGACUGGACAGCAGCAGCACGCUCAGCUUGAAGACCAAACGGGCCACCUCUGCGCUCCCGAGGCUGCUGCGCUCCGCCGCCGGCCCGUAGGCAGCGGGGGAUUGAACGCCGUUGUCGAAGGCGGUCAGGUCGCGCGUGAUGCCGGCCAAGGUUGGGUGAGCCGCAACAAGUACCUUAUUGGUGCCGUGCUGCUGUUCGGUUAUGUCAUUGUUACCCGUCUGAUUGGCGUUGAAACGACUUAA